AAACCGUCAAAGCCGAGAGAGAGAGAGAGCAGCGGCGUAGUCAAAAACCCCUUCACACAAAUCUCCGCCGCGAAACCCCCAAAACCCUCCGGCGAUUCCGAUUCGAUUCGAUUGAAUGAUGGGCGACGAAGCAGCAGCAGCACGAACCGGUCCCCAGAACAGAGAGCUCUACGCGCUACUGAAUCUAUCUCCAGAGGCCUCCGACGAAGAAAUCAGGAAAGCUUAUCGUCAAUGGGCUCAAGUCUAUCACCCCGACAAGUCCCCGUCUCCUCUGAUGAAGGAGGUAGCUGAGGAGAACUUCAAACGCAUAUGCGAAGCGUACGAGAUACUCUCUGAUGAGACUAAGAGGUUGAUAUAUGAUUUGUAUGGUAUGGAAGGGUUGGCUUCGGGGUUGGAGCUUGGUCCUAGGCUGAGUAAGGCCGAGGAGAUCAAGGAGGAGCUUCAGAGGAUUAAGAGGAGGGAGGAAGAAGCUAAGAAGAUGGCUCAUUUUAUGCCUACUGGUUCUAUUGUAUUCAAUCUGUCUAUGCCUAGUUUUUUAGAGGGUGAUGGCAUCAUGAGAGGAAUGGUUAUGGCUAGUCAAGUGCAGUCUCAGUUAUCAAAAGAUGAUGCUGUUGCGAUUGCGGGGAAUUUAGCAGCAAAUCAAAGGUCUGGUGGUGGAAUUGGUACUGUCAUUCUGAGACGUCAGCUUUCUCCAGUGUCAUCCAUAGAGUUCGUCGCUUCAACGGGUCUGCAGUCUCUUAUUGGGAUGCAGACAACACGUCAGUUGUCCAUACAUUCGACUGCCACUAUCAAUAUUUCAAAGUCUUUUAGUGAUGGUUCCAUCAACCUUACCAACACGUGGACUCGUCAGCUUUCAGAAACUUCAAGCGGAAAUAUUGAACUGGCACUGGGUAUGCGAUCAGGAAUUACAGUAGGAUGGAAAAAGAGAGACGAGAAUGUAUCUGCUGGUGGUGAUUUGAAGAUUGAGACUGGCGGACUCGGAGCAUCAGCUCGUUAUACCCGUAAACUUUCAUCCAAGUCUCACGGUCGAAUUGCUGCUAGAAUUGGAAGCAAUGCUCUUGAGAUUGAGGUCGGUGGUGGAAGGAAGAUAUCUGAGUUCAGUACCGUAAGAAUGAUGUAUACAAUAGGACUCAAGGGUGUUUUUUGGAAACUAGAGCUACACCGUGGUGGUCAAAAGCUGAUUGUUCCUGUUCUGCUCUCCGCAUAUAUAAGUCCAGUAUUUGCCACCGGAGCAUUCAUUGUUCCAACAUCUCUUUACUUUUUGUUAAAGAAAUUUGUGGUGAAGCCGUAUAUGCAGAAAAGAGAAAAACGUAAGGCCUUGGAGAAUACGGAGAAAACUUAUGGCAAGGUUCGGGAAGCAAGGGCGUCAGCUGAGAAAGCCCAGCAAUUGCUACAAAACGUAGCCACAAGGAAGAAAAACCGGCAAGCUGAAACAGGCGGGCUCAUAGUAACAAAGGCCUUGUACGGUGACGCAAAGGCCAUAGAGAAAAGACACGAACACAUGGAAGAAGAGGUGGAUUCGGGAGUCAUUGACGUGACAGUGCCCAUGAACUUCCUUGUGAGUGACUCCGGGGAGCUCAAGCUCCAUGAAGGAGUGAAGAAAUCAGGGAUCAUGGGCUUUUGCGAUCCAUGUCCCGAUCAACCUAAGCAGCUAUACGUUGCCUAUACUUACAAUUCUCGUACUUUUGAGGCAAUUGUGGGUGACUUUGAAGAAUUGGUUAUACCACAAGCUGGCCAGUGAGUAUGAAAACUUUGUUGUUUUAAUUAAAUACGCAUAAGUUUAUUUGGGGUUUUGUAACUUCCAGUUUCAUGUUUAUUGAUCACAACUUGCCUUUGAGGCUCUUUUUUUACACUUUCAUUUCUCAAUAAAUUAAGCAUUCUUG